UGAUAUUAAACUUGGCUACCAACGAAACAUCACCGUCCAUCUUCAGCAACAGCAGGUCAACAGCUAAACCAGCCGUUCAUUCAAUUCUCACAUUGUACAUUAAUGUGCACUCACUAAUCUCCAUGAAAGCAUAGAAGCAAAAUAAUAUAACAGCAAAGCAAAGCCGACUAUCACUCCCGUAACCUCGCCAGCUAACGCUACAAAAUACACAAACCAACAACAAAACAUUACUGGAGAAAAUGCCACCACCCUACCACCAACGUCAACAAUCCUUCUAUAAUAACCACAAUAAUAAUAAUAAUAAUAACUACCAAUCCCACUCCCGCACCUCCUCCGCCACCGCCAUGGCCGGAUAUACCGCCAAUCUCACCAGCACCAACCCUUCAUCAAACUCAACCUCGCACACCCUCACACAACACCAAACGUCUAUGUCCACAGCCAAAACGCGUCAAUACGCCCAUCUACACUCCCAACUCGCACAGCUCAACGCACAUCUGGCCGACAUGGAGAAUCUCAUGCGCAUGACGGCGGCGCAGGCGGGAGAUAUGCGGUUUCUGGGCGGAUAUGUGGGAGGAUUGUUUAUGGGGGCUGCUAAGGUUCUAGGGGAGGAGGGGAGUGCGAAGACGGCUGCUGCGUGUGGGGAUGAGAGUGGAGGUAGGAGGGAAGGGGAUGAUUAGUGAGGUUGUUAAAGGGUUGGGAGUUGAUGUCACAGAAUGAAAGGAUAAAGGUAUUCUUAUGGUUCUCUCAUACCGUGGGAGGUGGAGUGUUAGGAGGGUGGGGAAUGGUGUUCCUAUAUCUAUCUAAUAUGGUAUACGAAGAGUCUACGCUCGAUUGGUCCAGCAAUGAGGCGAUCUCAUCUCAUCAUCCACCGCGACUCGAUCACUCCUCGAAUUGCAAAUCCGUUAGUCACCAACGACAAAUGCUCCUCCAAGAAUAAUGGCUGGCUCGUCAAUGUUGUGAUGUUCGUAGCUAGGAAAAUCGAUUAAGCGGUGUCAGCUAUGUCCCGCAGGGAAAAAAAGGAGCAGUCCUUUUUUUUUUUUGAAAUUUUCGACCUUUGCCAAUUUGAGUCAACCCUCACUACAGAGAGACGUAGGACAUACCUCAACGUUCCCACACCUCCAGCCUCCAGAAUGAACGCCGUUUCUGUAAGCGGUUUUCCAAUCCAGCGCAUCGCAAAUGCUCGCAAAAUGUGCCCGUGCGCCACAAUUAGAACAUCGCCGUUCGCAGGCUCGUGCGCUAACUUGGUCAUAGCUUUGCUAUGAUAUUUCGAUCUGAUCUCGGCGAUGAGCGCAUCAAGGCGCCUGGUAACAUCAUCGGCUGAUCUGUUUUGCUUUUAUUUUAACAACAAGAAGAGGAGAGAGUGGAAUGUUUCAGCGGCCCGCCUUUCGGUAAACGUACUCUCCACCAGGACACCCGUCGCGCCAAAUAUCCCACGAGCCCUCUCCGUUCUUAGCACGCAGCUCUCGGAUUUCCGCACUUUUCAUCCCUUCAUAAUCGCCAUAAUCCCAUUCGCGAAUAGCUUCGGUGAUUUCCACGCGUGCUUCCGUCCGCGAGGGUGUUUUCUGUCUUUCUUGUAACCAGGGAAGCGGUUCUUUGCAACCAAUCUCGAGAAGUUCGAGGGUUCUCUGCGCUCUCUGACGGGGGGAGACAUAUCUUAAAAGGACAACACAAUCACAUGAGUGGGAGCCGUAGGUUAGGUGGUUUGCGAAUUCUAAUUCGGGGCAAAUUGGGAAGAAAGAGAGCCAUAAAAUGUUUUAGCUUACAUAUGUGCCAAAUGCUUUGGGACUAUCAAUCUAUCAUGUCCUACGAGCGCGUUGCCGGUAGUUUUCACUCGUUUCUCUCCGUCCUCGGUCAAUGGCAGGUCUGUAGUGCCUGUAUGCUUUCCAUUUAGAGACCAUUCUGUCUCGCCGUGGCGGAUGAUGAAGCAGCGCGGGGUGGAGGGCAUCUUUAUUUUAGUGGAUGUAAGGUGCGGGCGGUGUGUUUAUAUGUAUGUAUAAUGAUCAAAUGGUAAGAAGAAACGAAGUUAAACAAAUAUAAUAAAGUUGGUGGGUUAACAAAACGGUUCUCCUGUACAAUGUGCCUUGCAGAGUAUACAGAC